CAGGCUACUAUCAUGGGAGAUGAGAGCUUGAAGCUGAAAGCGUAUCAGAUCGAAGGGGUGAAUUGGUUGGUAAAUCUGUAUAACAACAAUUUGAGCGGGAUUCUUGCGGAUGAGAUGGGUUUGGGCAAGACAGUGCAGGUGAUCGGAAUGAUAACUCACCUCAUCGAGAAGAAACAUCAAUAUGGUCCCUUCAUGGUUAUCGCUCCCCUCUCCACCCUGUCCAACUGGCAAAAUGAAUUCGAGCGAUGGGCCCCAACGGUGAACGCGAUCGUCUACAAGGGGACGCCGGCGGAGAGGAAGGAGCUCUUCAACACUCAGAUCAAGACUGGGAACUUCAACGUCCUCAUAGUGCAGGUACACAGUCGCCGGAUGAAGGAGGAGGGAGGAGGAAGCUGA